AUGGCAACCCCAUCCCUGGACGAUUUCUUGCAGCCCCUGGCCAUCGACAUCGACAAUGUAAUAAAACUCUCGCAUGAGAUGACAUCAACUUUUCGUCAUUUAUCUGCCGAGGCCUCAGAUCAGUUCCUACCAACUCCGAUAUCCGAGUCCGUCUUGCGUCCAACUACCAGAGACCAAGGCCGAUUUCUUGCCAUAGACAUCGGCGGGUCGAACCUGCGUGUCGGUUUCGUGGAGCUAUUAUCCGGGGAUGGUACCCUAGAACACCGAGCGGAGGACCGCUACCAGCCAAAUCGUCUCCUCGAACAGUCAUGGCCCAUCCAGGAACACCUGAAAAACCAAAAUUCAGAGAGUUUGUUCUCCUGGAUAGGUGAGCAGGUCGCUCAGGUGGUGCGGAAGGGCUGUGAAACGUUGGCUGUGCCCCGUGCCGCUGAGCUUCCCAUGGGGGUGACCUUCAGCUUCCCCAUGCAGCAGAAAUCCCUCUCGAAGGCAAUUCUCAUGCCCAUGGGCAAGGGAUUUGCCGUGACGUCCAACCUGGACCUAGGGGCGCACCUUACGGUGGGCUACGAGAAGCACCGGGCCGCCGACAUGCCCCCCAUCCGGAUUGCAGCUAUUGCCAAUGACGCCGUGGCAACCCUCGUGUCGUUCAUUUACCAGUUUCCCGUUCAGGCACACCAGAAGGCCGCCAUGGGCUUGAUAGUUGGCACCGGGUGUAACGCUACGCUGCCUCUAAAGUUGAGCACCUUGCACGAAAGCAAACGGCCGGCCUCUAUCAGUAUUCUACCCGGCCAGGAGGUUUCAGAUGUCAAGAUUGCCGUCAAUACCGAAUGGAGUAUCAGGGGUACGACACCCCCCCUCCGGAAGCUCGGUUUCAUCAGCCGGUGGGACACCGAACUGGAUCAGGCCGGUGAAAUCCCGGGGUUCCAGCCACUCGAGUACAUGACUGCUGGGAGAUAUUUGGGCGAACUGGCGCGCCUCAUAUUCAUCGACUACUACGGGGCUGUCCUGGGCUUGCCGAUUAGCCUCCUGCCGAACAAGCUACAUCAAAGAUUUGGCCUUCCGACGACCUUCAUUAGUCACCUUCGGCCCAAAAGCACAAGGGGUCCGAUGCUCCAACAGCUCGAGCGAGAGUUCGCGCCAGAAGACGCAUUGUUCCGGUGGACGGCUGAGCUGGCCAAUGUCCUCUACCGUAUCGCGAAAGCUAUCGAGGUACGAGCAGCCGGUAUCAUCGCCGCCUCGACUGUGGGACUCCUGCGAUGUGCCGAAGAAAUACCACAGCCCAACGCCGAGCAGGCACGCGCCGGGCAGACAGUGCUUUCGGUUGGCUACACAGGCGGUUGCAUACAACACUUCCAGGACUACCUAGGUGACACGCAGGGACUCAUCGACGAAAUUCUAGACCGCGAGUUCAAUGCACAAGCGCCCAUCAAGGUUGUCCUGACUCCCUGUCACGACGGCGGCAUCACCGGGGCCGGCAUACUGGUCCCUGCUGCGCUAGCAAACAGGAAGGCUGGGGAGCGCGGACCGAAGAUCGGAAGGAUGCGUUUCGUGACCGAGACCGAAGGAGUCAUCGGCGAUUUCACGGAUAUAGCAAACUCCAACCUCAUCUCGGUCUGCCCAGCCUCGCCGGCCAAGCUUUUCCACCAAAUCAAACUGAUCAAAGGAAGACAAGAACUAGCAAUGACGACCGAGAGAGCAGAUACCGCUUGCUCGGGACCCAUGUCCGGUGCCGAGCCGAUUCCCACAUCAAGCCGCACCCGGCCGUCCCGGCGCCGGUCCCGAGACGACGAUGGCUCAGCCAGCUCCGGCAGCGAAGACAUAGACCCCAAUCAGCUGGACAUGUUGCUCUCGCGGUCCGUUCAGUCUUCCGCGGCGUUUCUAGAGCCCGAGUCCUUCCAGCACAGUAUGCUACGCAACACUCGGGUUCACAGCCGUAGCCGGAGCCGGCGCCGGGACGCCACUCUGAGCCCCUAUCGUGGCCGGCGUCAUCCAAGCACUCCCCGUGCGGUUGCCAAGACCUCAGAAGGUGAGGUUAUCUCGGAUGAAGAGACUCCCCUUCUUCUAGACCCCGCCGAGGAUCUCGACAAGAACUCAAAGAGCAAAAACCCCUACCUCGGCGGCGUCUCCGUCACCCGUUUCUGGUUGCUCUUUAUCCAGAUCAACGCCAGCUACUUCAUCGCCUGCUUCGACAGCACCAUCAUGGCGUCGAGCCAUCCCGUAAUUACGUCCUACUUUGGGAGCAGUAACUCGGCCUCGUGGCUCUCGACGGCAUUCUUGUUGACCUCGACCAGCUUCCAGCCCAUUCUCGGCGGUCUAUCAGAUGCGGUUGGGCGGAAGGGCCCGUACGUAUUCACGAUCGUGGUGUUCCUGUUCGCGACAGUGUGGUGCGCCCUGGCGCAGAGCAUGACGAGUUUUAUUAUUGCCCGGGCCGUGUGUGGGUUCGGAGCUGGGGGGUUGAUGGCGCUCGGAAGUAUCAUCGUGAGCGAUACCGUGCCGAUCGAGAUCCGUGGUGCUUUCCAGUCGUAUGUAAACAUGACCUACGGCUUCGCCUCCAUGUUGGGUGCGGCUCUAGGUGGUGCCAUGGCAGAUUAUCUCGGCUGGCGCUGGGAAUUCGGCAUACAGGUGCCGAUUAUUGUGCUCUGUCUUAUCGUCGCCGUGUUCGUCGUCCCAAGUGAUCUAGGCCUAGACGGAAAGAAGAAGCAGACGGUGCGCGAGGCGAUGCGUACGUUUGACUUCAAGGGCUCCAUCCUGUUGUCUUCCUCUGUGACCUCCCUCAUCUUGGGCUUGAAUCUCGGCGGAAACGUGCUCCCCUGGUCGCAUCCCUUUGUCAUCGCUUCGCUCAUGGGCUUCGCCAUCUUCUUCCCCCCAUUCCUCUACGUCGAGACUCGCGCCGUCAAGCCCAUCAUGCCGCUGCAUCUCAUCCUCAAGUCGCCAUACAUGAACCUGAUUUUCUCCAACCACAUCGCCGCCCUCAUCUCCAACGCCAUCCUCUUCAACGUGCCCCUCUUCUUCCAGGGAGUCCUUCUCACAACCGCCACAACUUCAGGGUUCCGCCUCGUCGUGUCCUCCGGCGUCGCCUCCGCCUGCGGCACAGCAACCGGCUUCCUGAUCAGCUACACCCGCCGCCUGAAAUGGCCGCUCGUUCUCGGCACCACCCUCGGCGUCAUCGGUGCCGUGUCCCUGACCUCCAUGCAGCGCGGCUGGCCCACCGCCUUGUACAUCCUCUGCCUCAUCCCGGGCUCUGCCGGCUCCGGGUUCCAGUUCCCCGGCACCUUCAUGGCCCUGCUGACCGUCAGCGAGCAGCGCGAGCAGGCCGUGGUGACGAGCACGCUGAUCCUGUGGCGCAGCCUGGGGCAGGUGCUUGGGGUCGCGUGCAGCUCGCUGGUUGUGCAGAACGCGCUAUGGUACUACCUAGACGAGCUAGUCACGGGGCCGAAGAAGGAGGAGGUCGUGGCGCUGGUGCGGAAGUCGGUCGAGGCGAUUCGCGACUUGCCUGUCGAGUACCGAGAGCCGGUCGUGCAGAGCUAUGAGGCGGCGCUGCGGAUUACGUUUCUGUGUUGCACCGCGCUGGCGGUGGUCGGGUUCUUGUUGGUGUUGCCGAUGAGGUUGCCGAGGCUGGGGACUAAAUAG